CAUAUAACUCUUUACUUCUUCCUCUUGGACAGAAGUUGCUUCUUUUACAACUUCUUCACAUCUAGGGAUCUAGAAAACACACUAAAUGUUUGAUUCUUUUUAACACGCAAGUGUUACUAUGGACUGGAUAAUAAAAACCACAGUCUUUUUAUCAGCACUUACUGCAGGAUUUUCCUUCAACAUCGAUCCCAAGCCGUGGAAGUCCUUUAGGAAUUCUGCCGCAGGGUUUGGAUACCAGGUGGUUCAAAGGAAGUCAGACUUGCUCGUCAGUGCCCCGUUAGAACAGUAUUCACCAGUAAGAAGAGGACAAGUAUAUCGGUGCUCUGAUCUCUCCUGCCGACUAAUGCAACUUCAUGAGCCUGAGUUUGCAGUCAACAUGUCCCUAGGUUUGACAAUGACAAGUGACCCUUCGAAAGAUAACACUAUGGUGUGUGGACCAACCAUCCCAAAGGAUUGCAAAAGUAUCACCAUGUUGAAUGGUGCCUGCAUUCAGAUUGACCGCUCUAAUAGGAAUCAACCCCCCGUGCCUUCGUCCAUUCCUGUCUGCCGAGCCGAAGCAGAUAUUGCAUAUCUUUUGGAUGGAUCAGGCAGUGUAACUGAAGAUGACUUUAUAAAAAUGAAGACUUUUGUGAAAGACCUGACCAAAUCCAUUAAAGGACCAGAUACACAGUUCGCUGUCGCGCAGUUCGCGUCGGUUCCUGAGGUCCAUUAUUACUUUGACAACUUUUUUUCAACAACAUCUUGGGAGAGGAACAUUGACAGGAUCAUUCAAAUGAAACAAGCAACAUAUACAGCAAGGGCCAUCAACUUCGUUGUCCAAGAAAUUUUCGCAGCAAGACGUGGUAGCAGACCAAAUGUGAAAAAGGUGUUGAUUGUUAUUACCGACGGAAUAUCUCAUGACAAACAAUACCUACAAGAGGCAGCGGCUGCAGCCGAAAGAAAAGGCAUUGUUCGAUUUGUUAUCGGGGUCGGAUCUUCGUUUCUUGAACCCAGUGCAAAACUGGAACUGGAUACCAUCGCAUCUCUUCCCUCGAAGAAUUAUGUGUUUCAAGUUGACAGUUUUACAGCACUGGAGUCAAUAAAAAAUAAUUUAAGGGAAAAGAUAUUUGCUAUUGAAGGCACUAAAAGCGGUGGACACGAACUGAAAAUGGAAAUGGCUCAAGAGGGAUUCAGUGCCGCCUAUGUGCCUCAGGGAAUCCAAAUGGGUGUUGUUGGUGCUAACCAAUGGAGAGGAGGCUACCUGAAAUACUCACUGGGAGGCCAUAGUGUAGGCUCCUAUAAGCCGGAAUACCUGUUGCCAGACAGUUAUUUUGGUUACUCAAUGGCAGUUGCAAGCACCCCAAGAGGAAUGUUGACCAUUGCUGGUGUACCGCGGUAUAAGCACAGAGGAGUGGUCAUGGUAGUGCAAGAAAGUUCUCAACAAAAGGUUGACCCGUUUCCAUGGAAGUUUCAGAUUGGUGAAUAUUUCGGGGCAGUGGUUUGUGCCAUGGAUAUAAACCUCGACAGUUACACCGAUAUAAUCCUCAUCUCUUCUCCCAUGUACAAGGACACGGACAGAGAGGGACGAGUUUAUGCUUGUCCUUUAAAUGGUUUGAAUGUAGAGUGUCGCUUUGAUAACCCAUUAGUACUGAGAGGGGAUGAGUCCGAAGAAGGAAGAUUUGGCUCUUCUGUCGCUGUACUGCCUGAUCUGAACACAGACGGUCUAAGAGACGUAGCAGUUGGAGCACCGCUGGAGAACGACGGUCAAGGCUGUGUCUAUAUAUUCAACGGUGAAGGAGGAGCAAGAAUCAAUCCAAUUUUCUCACAGAAAAUCACCCCUUCAGAAGUCAUGACAGGGCUCAGAUUCUUUGGUUUGGCACUCAGUGAGUUCUCCUACGACCAAAGUGGGGACAGCCUGCCAGACAUUGCAGUGGGUUCAAAAGGCGUGGUUGUCUUGCUCAGAUCGAAGCCCGUAGUAAUGGUGGAAGUGACGAUGUCUUUUAGUCCGAAACAGAUAGCUAUUCAAAACACAGUGUGCUCUACCCCGCUGAAACACAAAGUUGACUUGUGUUUUAGCAUGAACAUUCUAUCCAAAGUAAACCAAGUUAAAGCAAAUAUUAACUUUACUCUUACACUGGAUGCCAACCGUAAGGUGCCGAACAACAGAGCUUUCAUCCGUGAGAAGCAGCGAGAGAUUUCGGGGACAGUCACCAUAGCCUCAAGCAGCCCACAGUGUCAAGAAUUGGGAUUCUUCAUUGAGGCUUGUCCAGAAGAUGCACUCACCCCUCUUAAUAAUGAACUGAGGUUCACUUUUGAAGGUUUGCCCUCUAAAGACCAACUCAGACCAAGUCUGGCUCAGCAGGCUAAAAAUGUUACAUUUCACCCUUUGCAGUUUGAGAUUAACUGUGGUGUUGACAAUGAGUGUGUAGAUAGACUGGAACUGGAUUUCAACUUCACCAGUUCAUCUGAGGUUAGAGUUGGCAUAGAUGAACUCUUGGACGUGACUGUGUCUGUGACGAACAGCGAGGAGAAUUCCUACAACAGCUUAGUUAUUCUCAGGUACCCAGCUGCCCUCUCGUACAGGAAGUUCACCGGCCUGAAGGGAAGGAUUGAGUGCAACUCCCUGGACAGCGAAGACGGUCUCAUGGAAGGAGUGACACAGUGUACUAUCGACAAGCCCAUUUUUAGGAGCAACACAGAGGCUGUCCUCAUUGUGUCGUAUGGAAUUGAAAGCAACAGAGAAUUCAGCAAAAGCAUCACCAUAUCGGCGAGUGCUACCAGCCAAAACAAGGUUCACUCGGAUUCCAGUGUCCUUCACAAGAGGAAAGUGAUCGGUGUAAAGUACAGCAUAUUUGUUACAUUUGAAAGUUCUCUCAGCUACGUCAAUUUUACUUUUGGAAAGAAUGACCUACAGAAACCAAUACAACAAUCAAUAACGGUUAGAAACUACAUAAGGGCAUUCAGUUUCACUGUGAUAAUCAUGGUUCCAGUGAAACUUGGUGAAAAAGACAUCUGGGAGGAUUCAGGCAGUUUUCAGAUUCCCCAAUGCAAGGGAGACGUGGUUAAGAAGCCUAGUGUCACUGAUUUUGUUUCACAGAUACAAAAAAGUAAAGUUUUGGAUUGCACUGUAGCUACGUGCAAAAUAUUCCGGUGCAGCAGGUUCCUGGGAGGACAGGAGAGUGCGAUGUACGAAAUCUCUGCCAACCUUAGUUCAAGAUGGGUGGAGCAGAUUGGACUUCAGUCUGCCAAAUUCCACCUAAUCAGCACAGUCAGUAUGGAGUACGACACAAACCAGUACAUCUUCUUUUCCGCUGGAUCUAAAAAUGACCCUCCAGUGUACACGGUUGAAGCAGACGUAGAAGUGUAUGCAGAACCGAAUUUCACUAAAGAAAUUGUUGGCGGAUCACUGGGAGGAUUGGCUCUACUUGCUUUACUCACCGCCGGCCUGUACAAGGCUGGAUUUUUCAAGAGUAAAUACAACGACAUGAUUCAAGGAGAAGAUGCAGGUGCGGGUGACACGGCUACAGAAAACGCAGCUGUGCCAGAACCCCAGGCAUAAGAUCUUCUUACAUUACGUAGCUUUGACUGCUUUCUUUCCAAGGCUUUCUAAGGUGCCAGUUUAUUCCAGCGUUACAUAUAUAUAUGGCACUGCUGUACAUGCAUUAUUUAGUUCUCACGAAACACUUCAUGUCUAAGGCUAAAGGUUCGCUAAUUAAAAAAAAAAAAAAA